CAACGGCCAAGUCACACAAAAUUGACUAUAAUAAUAAAGAAAUCGCAGUAAGGGGCCUCAGACUUGGCACGACUUUGUCUAGAUUUAAUUACUUUUCAGAGAUAAACAAGCAGCUCCAUCGAGACUUAGCUAGUUUUUUACAGAAUGUUUUUGGUGGGAUGGUAAUUACCAGAUUUAACUUCAAUAGGUAUAACCGACUAUACUGGAAGUUGAAAUCCUAUCAGUGUUUCGACAUUUUAAAGAACUGACAGCUGACAAUGACUUCUGACAGAGUACCUCAUUUGGAAUUUAAAGAAGUUUGUAAAAGGGAAAGAAAACAAAAAGCCGGAAACCCAAAUACAAAGUAUUGAGGAGAAUUGAGAUUAAUUUGCCUACUAGCCUAAUAAUAAAGAAUUUUACGCAAGAAAUUAUUUAUUUUAAUGUAUUAAAAUGAUAAAACUGAGACUAUUCCUUAGCUGUAUUGCUUUUUUGAGUCCUAUUCUUCACAUAAAGGGAGAUGAUUUCAAAGAAGAAAUGUUUAUCAAACCAAUCCCACCCUCUCACCUUUAUGUUUACUUCCAAUUCUUAACAGUGGCAAAUGGAGAAGAAUCGUUUGAACAUUCUCACCUUGCACCACGUUCCUUGGGAGAAAUUGUGUCAAGAUAUCAAGUGGAAGAGCUACAUUUGACGUUAACUGAAGGACAAUGGAAGCACAAUGAAUGGGGUUACCCUGUAUUGGAUGCUGCCCCUGGUGCAGAACUGUAUGUGUGGUUCUCCCCUGAAGUUGUUGAUGUUGAUACUCAAUGGAAGAAGUUGAGCUCAACGUUAUCAGGGCUUUUUUGUGCAUCAUUAAAUUUUAUUGAAAAUAUGAAUACCAUUUCACCCAAAAUGGCCCUAUGGCCAGCAGGGGUGACUGGUAAAUCAAAUCACAACAUUACUUCGCAACUAAGGUAUGCAUCAUUGCCCAGAGAAAUUGUAUGCACUGAGAAUUUAACUCCUUGGAAAAAGCUACUGCCAUGUGGAUCUAGUCAUGGUUUUUCAUCCCUUCUCAACUCGAGAAUGAUUCAUAAUACAAACUAUCAUUCCAUUGGUGUUCAUGUGAGAAGAAUGUGCGCUGACAGUAGUUGCGUAGAGACUAAUUUAGAAAUAAAACAGACUGUAGCACUUGUAUAUGAUUUUAAAAUUAUCAAAAGUAUGGAUUGGUCAAUUAGAAAGUUGUUUGGCCAAGGAUUGCCAGGAGCCUGUCCACUUUCAUCGUCUAGUAAAAUCUAUGUUGAUACUACUUCCAAUAAUUCAUACCCAUUUAAACUGCAUCCUGAGCCAAAUAGUAUCAUGUUAUCACAUAGGGGUGGCAGUGAACUAGAAUUGGCAGUAUACGAUAUCAACCAUUCCAAUAUGAUGAAUGUUAGAGCAUCAUAUGAAGAAAAUAAUGAAAUAUUUGUUAAAAUUCCCCCACCUCUAACUUUCAACCGAUAUGUUCUGGGAUAUGGAAAAGAAUUUGGUGGAAUAGUUACUGAGUUAUCUAAUAACUAUUGGGCACCUAUUGAUGUUGUGCUAUUAGAAAAUGCACCUUGGUGGCUACCAAUUCAGCUUAGUACAUUAAGAAUUAAUGGUGAGGCAGAUAGUAAAUUAAUAAUGUCAAAAUAUUAUUCUCCUGGAAGAAACAGGCAAAAACCAUACCAUCUUGAACUAUUAAUUAAAUUGCCACCAAAAACAACAACUACGGUAACUAUAGAUUUUGAAUUUGUCUAUCUCAAAUGGCAAGAAUACCCACCUGAUGCAAAUCAUGGAUUCUAUAUAGGAUCUGCAUUAAUAUCUGCUAAUCUACCAACUGCAAAAAAUUACACCAGCCUUCCAAUUACUGGCAGUACAUUUGACUCCAUCAUAAAUGCAUCAAAGCCAUGGUAUCCCAUAGUUUUCCGGACGAAUGGGGCUAUAGUAUCCUUGCCCACACCUGACUUCAGUAUGCCAUAUAAUGUUAUUUGCCUUGCUUGUACUGUCGUAGCUUUAGCUUUUGGACCUCUUAACAAUAUUUGUACCAAAGAAGUAGUCUUAAAAUUAACUGGUGCCCCUGUUUCUUUAAAGCAGAAAAUAUUUAAUAUUUUUAAGAAAAAGAAAGACUAGUCAUUCUAUUAAAUGAUAAAUCAUUUAAAAC